CUUCAAUAACCCCGCCACCUCCCGCGACCGAGAGCGGCGCUGCCCCACCAUCGGUUUUGAGUCAACGGUUUGGGCCACCUCUUUUUUACCCGGACCAGGUUGGCAGCGACGGGGUAUAACACUUCGACACGUUCACACUCUGCAGCACGGCAGGACACAAUGGCGGCCGCGGAUUCAGAUAAGCGAUUGUCCCUCAUCAAGGAGAACCUCGCCGAGGUUCUGAACGAGGAGAUCAUCAAGAAGAUCCUCGACGAGGGGCAGCACCCCAAGAUCUACUGGGGCACCGCAACAACAGGCCGACCGCACUGCGGUUACUUCGUCCCCGCCAUCAAGAUCGCUCAGUUCCUCGCCGCCGGCUGCGAUGUGACCAUUCUCCUCGCCGACAUUCACGGCUUCCUCGACAAUCUCAAGGCCCCGCUGGAGCUGGUGAUGCACCGCGCCGAGUUCUACCGGCACAUCAUCACCGCGAUGCUCAAGGCCGUCGGCGUGUCUACCGAGAAGCUGCGGGUAGUGCUCGGCAGCUCGUACCAGAAGAGCCCCGAGUACGUCAUGGACGUGUACAAGAUGGCGUCGAUCAUCUCGGAGCACGAUGCGAAGAAGGCCGGCGCCGAAGUGGUCAAGCAGACGGACAACGCGCCCCUGAGCGGCCUGCUCUACCCCAUCCUGCAGGUGCUGGACGAGCAGUACCUGGACUGCGACGCGCAGUUUGGCGGGAUGGACCAGCGGAAGCUCUUCACCGCGGCCAAGGAGUGGCUGCCGAAGCUGGGCUACAGGGAGCGUGCCCACUUGCUGAACCCCAUGGUUCCCGGGUUGCACGGCGGCAAGAUGAGCUCGAGUGACCCGGACAGCAAGAUCGACCUGCUCGACCCCCCGGAAACGGUUGCGAAGAAGAUCAAGAAGGCGCACGCUGCGCCACAAGUUGUCGAGGACAACGGCCUGAUAGCCUUUAUCGAAUUCGUCCUGUUGCCUGCUGCGCGCCUGCGUGGCAACGGGGAGUUCCGCAUCGAGCGCGAGCGGGACGGGUUAGAACCGCUCGUGUAUACUGACAUCGAGAAGCUUCGCGAGGAUUACAAGAACGAUGUGUUGACACCACAACUUCUCAAACCGGCCAUUACCAAAGACCUCAACUCGCUCCUCGCCCCCAUCCAAGAGGCAUUCCAGGCCUCGAAGGAGUGGCAGGAGAUCGCUGAGAAAGCCUACCCACCACCCCCAAAGAAGGAGAAGAAGGUCAAGAAUAAGGGGACGCGCUACCCAGGAGCUGGAAAGGAUCAGGCUCAGGCCGAGGCCAAGGAGAAGGAACUACCUGUCCGGUCAGGCGAGGAGGCUCCGAACUGAAUUGUUGAGAUGGAAUGAAAUGAAAUGAAAAUGAUACCACCGGACUGAUGUCUUGAUGAAGAUGAACAACGGCCCCGCAAGUGGGCGCCUGCUAAGUCUGCGAGAACAUUCGCAGGAUGUCUUACCAGUGCUCCUGGAUGGUCUGUUGAUUGUCCUGUUGACAGCGGUUCAUUCGCAGGUGCGGAGGUUGGGCGACACUGGUUGCCCAGUGCAGAGUAUGAACCAUCGCAUCAAGAUGGUCGAGCUCGCGUGAGCAGCCUACCCCGGUAAUUCCGGGAUAGAUUAUCCCUGAGGUCCAUAGACCACAUUUUGAACCCUUGAAAGGUGAUGGUGGUGAGACUGACCCUGCCGAGUAAUGGGGCAAACAUCAGACAUAUUCA